CAUUGUGCUGUACAAAACUUUGUCAAACAGGUAAAAAUUUGACUUGAGUAUAUAGAAUUGGCAGUAGGAAAAAAUGCUAAAUAUCCUAGUAUCAUUACAUAGUUGGUAAAUUUGAUCCUGAUUGGCAGAUUUGACCUAAAAAUAAUCAAAAGAUAAUAAAAAUGAAAAACCUGGUGGUGAGUUUUAGAAGAACUAUUUUCAAGGAUAUAAUUGUGGUGGUACUAGGACUUGAAGAAAGCCUUGUGCAGUGAUUACCUGGAAAUUGCCCUGUUUUAGGGAUGUUUUCCGGAACUGUCCAUAACGUCACUAGCAAAUGCAGAAACCAGUUAGUCGAGAUAAAUGUGCUGCUUAGGCAUUGUUCCAACUGAAUUAUUCCGUGAUCAAAGUAAUGUUUGUGUCCUCACAUCCCACGAAAUCGAUGACAGUGUAAUCUCUGUGAGUUCUUAAUAAUGAUAAGAGUCUCAGUCUGAGUGGUGAGUGUGGUAACGUUCACAUCCAAAUGGAGAGUUUCCCACGGUUGGGACAGCACAGACCUUUGUAGCAAAUAAUGAAAUGAACCUUUUCUAAUCAUUCUGUUUCCUGUGAGCAAAUAUUCUAUUCCUCAUUGUCCAUAAUGAAAUCCUAGUAAGUGCAAGGUAACUAUAACAAAACCUUAUUUAUCACCAGCAAUAUUUACCCUACCUGUAAUUCAUUAUCACCUAUUUUCUAGUUCUGAACAGGACCUGCUGUUCGUUCUCUUCUGCACAGAACAAGAGACCAAGCUGAUGAAACUCACCUUUGAGCAAGGCGUAGGAAUGCGUGAGUCUGAGAGAUAAAGGGAGCUAUAAAGGGGGAAGCAGCCAGGAGGGCACCAGAGGGAACUGCCCACAGCUCCCGAGGGGUCGUGGCCCAGGUUUGGAGGUGCUUCUGUAAGGAAUCAGUAUGGAGCCAGAGGAGUACAGACAGAGAGGGAAAGAGAUGGUGGAUUACAUUUGCCAGUACCUGAGCAAUGUGAGAGAGAGACGGGUGACUCCUGAUGUGCAGCCAGGUUACAUGAGAGCCCAGUUGCCGGAUUCUGCCCCAAUGGAUCCUGACAGCUGGGACAACAUCUUUGGAGAUAUAGAGAAGAUUAUUAUGCCAGGGGUAGUCCAUUGGCAAAGUCCACACAUGCAUGCCUACUUUCCAGCUCUUACUUCCUGGCCUUCACUCCUUGGAGAUAUGUUGGCUGAUGCAAUUAACUGCUUGGGAUUCACAUGGGCCUCCAGCCCAGCCUGUACAGAACUAGAAAUGAAUGUGAUGGAUUGGUUGGCCAAAAUGCUGGGACUUCCAGAGAAAUUCCUGCACUACCAUCCUGACAGUGUGGGUGGAGGAGUAUUACAGAGCACUGUGAGUGAAUCCACCUUGGUUGCACUGCUAGCAGCAAGGAAGAACAAAAUUCUGGAGAUGAAGGUUUCUGAGCCAAACACCGAUGAGUCCUCGCUCAAUUCUCGCCUCAUCGCUUAUGCGUCUGAUCAAGCACAUUCUUCUGUAGAAAAGGCUGGCUUGAUUUCCCUUGUGAAGAUAAAAUUUCUGCCUGUGGAUGAGAACUUUUCCCUCAGAGGUGAAACUUUGAAGAAAGCCAUUGCAGAAGACAGAAAGAAAGGCCUCGUGCCAGUCUUUGUUUGUGCAACAUUGGGUACAACUGGUGUCUGUGCUUUUGACAGUCUCUCAGAACUGGGUCCAAUCUGUGAUGCUGAGGGACUCUGGCUUCAUAUUGAUGCUGCAUAUGCAGGAACAGCAUUUGUAUGUCCUGAAUUUAGGCUGUUCUUGGAUGGAAUUGAAUAUGCAGAUUCCUUUACUUUUAACCCUUCUAAAUGGAUGAUGGUUCAUUUUGACUGCACUGGAUUUUGGGUUAAGGAUAAAUACAAAUUACAUCAAACCUUCAGUGUUAACCCUGUCUACCUCAGACAUGCCAACUCAGGAGCUGCAAUUGACUUCAUGCACUGGCAGAUUCCACUGAGCCGCCGAUUCCGGUCUUUGAAGCUGUGGUUUGUGCUUCGCUCGUUUGGGGUGAAAAAGCUUCAAGCUCACGUCCGACAGGGUACUGAAACAGCCAAAUUCUUUGAGUCCUUGGUUAAAAGUGAUCCGCUUUUUGAAAUUCCUGCAAAGAGGCAUCUUGGACUGGUUGUAUUUCGGCUAAAGGGUCCCAACUGGCUGACAGAAAAACUCCUGAAAGAACUAAGCAGUUCUGGCAGGCUCUUCCUCAUUCCAGCAACCAUUCAUGACAAGUUCAUCAUUCGCUUUACUGUAACGUCUCAGUUCACAACCAGGGAAGACAUUCUGCGAGACUGGAACAUCAUUCAACACACUGCAGCCCAAAUUGUUAGCCAGAAUUAUGGGCUGCACUGCAUCAGUUCUGAUGAUGGGGCAAGAAUCCCUGCUAUGGUAGUAGAGCCCAGUUCUGAUGCCAUUAGUAAUGCUUCCCAGCUUUAUCUAGAUGGAGGGAAAUCUAAACCACCUUCCAGAAAAACAGUAGUUCAGCCUAAGAAGUUAUCGGUAGAUCAAGUCCUUCUUGUAGAAGAGGAAGAAGAUAAGAAGAGCUGCCUAAUACACGAAAAGCAAGAGGACUCUCAUUUUGAUGCCAAAGAAGGGACUGUAAGGAAUGACACUUCCAUACACCACAGGUGCAAACUGUAUGAGGUCUGUACUGGACAUGAAGGAACAAAAAAUGUAAGCAAAGAAAUACAAAUAAGUAACUGUUUAGGAGACAAACAAGGGUUUUUUUCAAGUGAUCCCAAAGAUGGUCAGGCGAGGACAGAAGUGCAGUGAUACCACUAGAGUGCAUUGUAGAUGGUGAGUGCAGGGACAGCAUUGCAGGUAUCAAGGCCCAUGUGAGGGCAGUCUGGGGGUCAAAUGACUCGUAUAAAGGCUGGGAGGAAAAUGCUAUUUACCAUGAGUGAAGGUCUCUGGUCAGACCAUAAAUGUGCCAGUUAGGAAAAGGAAAGUAUUUCUGCUUUGAUUGUACUUAGAUGAAGACUGGUUUGCAUCCAGGAGGAGCUACCGCUAAAAAAGAAAGAAACAGACCUGUGAGAUAUGGGAAAGAAUGCUUUCAAUAAAAAAAAUUGUGAGCAGAAAUGAUUCAGUCCAGAAAGAAAAAUAAAAAAAAUGGUAUAGCAUUCAGCAAAAGCUUGUUCCAAUUAUGGCAAGGACAAUUUUAGGGACCCUGUAAAGCAUCAAACACAUGUAGUAAGUAGGGAAAGAAGUAGUGUGCAGAGUCAGAAAAACUAUGUAAACUGAGUUGAUAAAGAAUGAUCCAAAGGUCCAAAACUAGCUGAUAAAUUGAAAAGGACAGAAAAGGAAGCAAGACCUUUGGAUUUAGCCACAAGCCAAUCAUUAAUUUUUUUAGAAGGUCAAUGCAAGUAAAGUGACCUUAGCAAAAUCAACUGAAUCUUAUAACAAGUAUUUGAGCAGAACUAGCAUAAACUUAGGGCUUGAGGUUUUUUAAAAAAAGAUGACUGAGCAGCAUUUUAAACGUGACUGGAAAUCUCCAGAGGCAGAUUGCUGCUGAAGAGCCCUUCGUGGAAAUGAAAUCCCUGACGGCAGCUGCGGGCGG